GCCCGCGAGCCCAUUCAUCUGUGCACUUGGGCGUUGGACCCCGCAUCUUAUUAGCAACCAGGGAGAUUUCUCCAUUUUCCUCUUGUCUACAGUGCGGCUACAAAUCUGGGAUUUUUUUAUUACUUUUUUUUGAGAAAAAAAACUACACUUGGGCUCCUUUUUUGUGCUCGACUUUUCCACCCUUUUUCCCUCCCUCCUGGGCUGCAGAUUUUUUAUCUCUUCGACUAAAAUUUUUUUAUCCGGAGUGUAUUUAACCGGUUCUGUUCUGUCCUCUUCACCACCCCCACUCCCCCCUCCCUUCGGUGUGUGUGUGCUGCUGCCGCUGCCGCCGCUGCCGCCGCCGCCGCCGCUGCUGCUGCUCGCCCCGUCGUUCCACCAACCGAGGCUCUUUGUUUCCCCCCUUGGAUCUGUUGAGUUUCUUUGUUGAAGAAGCCAGCAUGGGUGCCCAGUUCUCCAAGACCGCCGCGAAGGGAGACGCCGCCGCGGAGAGGCCCGGGGAGGCGGCUGUGGCCUCGUCGCCUUCCAAAGCGAAUGGGCAGGAAAAUGGCCACGUGAAGGUAAACGGCGACGCUUCUCCCGCGGCCGCCGAGCCGGGCGCCAAGGAGGAGCUGCAGGCCAAUGGCAGCGCCCCGGCCGCCGACAAGGAGGAGCCCGCGGCCGCCGGGAGCGGGGCGGCGUCGCCCGCAGCGGCCGACAAAGAGGAGCCCGCGGCCGCCGAGGCCGGGGCCGGGGCCGGGGCCAGCCCCGCCGAGAAGGAGGCGCCCGCGGAGGGCGAGGCCGCCGAGCCCGGCUCGCCCACGGCCGCCGAGGGGGAGGCCGCGUCCGCCGCCUCCUCGACGUCGUCGCCCAAAGCCGAGGACGGCGCCACGCCCUCGCCGAGCGGCGAGACCCCGAAAAAAAAAAAGAAGCGCUUCUCCUUCAAGAAGUCGUUCAAGCUGAGCGGCUUCUCCUUCAAGAAGAACAAGAAGGAGGCCGGCGACGGCGGUGAGGCCGAGGGCGCGGCCGGCGCGGCCGGCGACGGCGGCAAGGACGAGGCCGCGGCGGGAGCGGGCGAGGCGGCGUCCGGGGAGCCGGCGGCCGCGGGCGAGGAGGCGGCGGCGGCGGCGGCGGCGGCCGCGGGCGACGACGGGGCGGCGGCGGCGGCCGCGGGGGGCGACGCGCAGGAGGCCAAGGCCGACGAGGCGGCCGCCGCGCCCGAGAAGCCGCCGAGCAGCGAGGAGGCCAAGGCCCCCGAGGAGCCCGCCAAGGCCGAGGAGAAGGCCGACGAGGCCGGGGCCAGCGCCGCCGCCGCCUGCGAGGCGCCCUCGGCCGCCGCGGGGCCCGGCGCGCCCCCCGAGCAGGAGGCCGCCCCCGCCGACGAGGCCGCGCCCGCCUCCGCCUCCGCCAACUGCGCGGCCGCGUCGCAGGAGGCGCAGCCCGAGAGCAGUCCAGACGCCCCCCCUGCCGAGGCGGCCGAGUAAGCGCCCGGGCGCGGUCCCCGAGGAUCCAAGAACUUUUCUCCCCCCCACCUCCCCCCGUUUGUUUGUUGGAGUGGUGCCAGGUACUGGUUUUGGAGAACUUGUCUACAACCAGGGAUUGAUUUUAAAGACGUCUUUUUUUUUUUUUUAAUUAUUUUCCCUUUUUUUUUUUUGAAGCAGCAAAUUUUUGUUUCACCCACCCCCCUCCCUUCCUCCGCCCCACCCCCCACCGUUUUCCCCUUCUCCCCACAGAUCCCAUCUCAGAUCACUCUGUUACCACCAUUCCAACAGGUCGAGGAGAGCUUAAACCCCCACCCCUUCCUCUGCCUUGUUUCUCUUCUUUUUUUAAAAAAAAAAAAAGUUUUUUUGCAUCAGUAUUAAUGUUUUUUGCAUACUUUGCAUCUUUAUUCAAAAAAUAUAUAAACUUUCUUUGUCAAUCUACGGACAUGCCCAUAUAUGAAGGAGAUGGGUGGGUCAAAAAGGGAUAGCAGAUGAAGUGAUGAGUGAGGGCCACGCAGGGGAGAUCGAAGUGGUGCAGAACAUUGCCAAGAUAAUGUACCACGAGAAAUGGUGUAAAAGCUUAGGUUUUUCUGUUUUGUUUUGGUUUUUUGGUUUUUGUUUUUGUUUUUUUUUUAGAAAAAGAAAAAGUUAUUACGAUGUAUUUUGCGAGGCAGGUUUACAACACUACAAGUCUUGACUAAGAAGGAAAGAGGAAAAAAAAAACACCAAUACUCAGAUUUUUAAAAAAGAUCAUAGUCUUAGGAGUUCAUUUAAACCAUAGGAACUUUUCACUUAUCUCAUGUUAGCUGUACCAGUCAGUGAUUAAGUAGAACUACAAGUUGUAUAGGCUUUAUUGUUUAUUGCUGGUUUAUGACCUUAAUAAAGUAUAAUUAUGUAUUACCAGCAGGGUGUUUUUAACUGUGACUAUUGUAUAAAAACAAAUCCUGAUAUCCAGAAGCACAUGAAGUUUGCAACUUUCCGCCCUGCCCAUUUUUGUAAAACUGCAGUCAUCUUGGACCUUUUAAACACAAAUUUUAAACUCAACCAAGCUGUGAUAAGUGGAAUGGUUACUGUUUAUACUGUGGUAUGUUUUUGAUUACAGCAGACAAUGCUUUCUUUUCCAGUCGUCUUUGAGAAUAAAGGAAAAAAAACUUCAGAUGCAAUGGUUUUGUGUAGCAUCUUGUCUAUCAUGUUUUGUAAAUACUGGAGAAGCUUUGACCAAUUUGACUUAGAGAUGGAAUGUAACUUUGCUUACAAAAAUUGCUAUUAAACUCCUGCUUAAGGUGUUCUAAUUUUCUGUGAGCACACUAAAAGCGAAAAAUAAAUGUGAAUAAAAUGUACAAAUUCGUUGUGUUUCUUUAUGUUCUGAUAAUACUGAGACUUCUAAGUCUUGCAUGCCAUCAAAAUUUUUUGUGGUUUUUAAUCUGAGGUUUUCAAAGCCUGAUAUUCAUAGCAGUGUCAGAUUACAUACAGAAAGACCUGACAGCAUUCCAUGUCCAAACUGUUCCCAUUUAUCCUGCAUUUAGAUUUUAUUUAAAAAUGGAACAAUUAUUUUUACUGUAGUCAGUAUCACGUCAGAAUAAAUCAUUCAUUACAAAAGUGGUGUCACCUGCAGAAUUAUUAAAUGUCUUAUAUGAACAUUUUACAAAAGUAAUUUUAUUUGGUUAUACAGGUCCAGAAACUGAAAUUUAUACUGGCGAGUCAGUUUAAUUAAAAUUGCAUAUGAGUCAUGAAAAGUGGCCAAAUGUAUUUCAAAAUUGAUGUUGUAUUACCUGCCGUUGUAAUUGCUUAGUGCUGGCUUGUUUCCAAAUUAUUGCUUAGAUUUUGUGUUAAAUAUUAGUGAAAAAUGACUGUGAAAAAGUAAUGGUGAUGAAUGGACAUUUUCAGUUUAUGGGCCUUUUAAUAUUUGUCUAAAUUCAAUAAUUACAAGCAUUUUUUUUUAUUUCUAGUAUCUUAGCAUGUUAUUCAAAGGAAAGGAAGAUAAUACUUCCUUAUGUAGUAAUACUUACUAGCUUACUUCCUUUGCUCUUUACCAGCCCAAAAUUGGAUUAUUUUUACUUAAUAGAACCCUAAACUGAAUUGAAUUUUAAGAUAAUGUGUAUCAGAAUACCAUUGCUUAAGUGCUAAGAAAAAUUGUUUGCGCACACCUGCAUUGUAGUUUUUGAGCAGUGUGCCUGAAAGGGUUCACAAAGUGAGUGGAACCACAUUUAUAACAACUGAAUACCAAAUCUUAGAGAAAUAACAAAUAGCUAUUAAUGUGCUUUUAAUUGGAAUAAUGGUUCCUAAUAGUUUCUUACCCCUCCUUACCAAACAUAUCCUGCUAACAAAAUCUAACAUUGUCUUAAGUGUUCUUUGAGUUGGGGUUUCUUGAUCACUGAGGGUGUUUGAAAGUUAAAGGCCAAAUCGAGUAACCAAAGGACUGCUUUAAUAAGGAAUCUUUUCUACAUUUCCAACGUUUUCUCAAAUACCUACUUGGCCAAGUACAAUGCCUGGUUUGUGGUAGGAUACGGAAGAAAAUUAAAAAUGGAUUUUAAAAAGUAACUCCUGAAUAGUCAAAAAUAUUGUGUAUCCAAGUAUCUUGCUAGGUUUGUUCUUUUAACAGCUGGAAUUUAUUAAAAUGCGUUAUUUUGAUUUUAAUCAUUGCCUAAAACACUUUGGGUGGUAUUUGAUGAAGUGGUGAAUUUUCCACAGCUGAUUAAAUGAAAUUUUACAUUUUCCUUCUCAUCCAAAGUUUUGUACAUCGCAUUGUUUUCUAAUGGAAAAAAUGUUAAUAUGGCUUUUUGUAUUACUAAAAAUAGCUUUGAGAUUAAGGAAAAAUAAAUAACUCUUGUACAGUUCA